GUGUCCGCUCAGUUGGACAAACUAUCAGCCCAGUUGUGUGCAUGUAGUAAUAUAGACGAGGAACUCGCUUCUUUACUUCUUUCAAUAGUUGGAGCGAAGCUUAGACGAAGUGACUUGGUCGACACUCUUGUGAAGUUGUGAUUGAGCAACCCAAUCGCAUUCCGUAUCCCGUCUGACUCACUCGUCCUUGGAUUUGGCUUUUGCGUUCGUGAGCUGCCGUUAUUAGUUAGUGCCCUAAGAACGGCCCGUGAUCCGCGAUUGUUCCGUGCCUUUGGCCACGUGGGACGACACCCAACCUCGCUGGUUCAUCCAGUACUAAGUGCUAACUACUCACACCCUCGCCCUUGCCCUCGCACUCAGCCUCUGACUCGGGCAUACUGCGAGAUUGCCAGUUGACCGUUUCCCCGUUGUUCGGUCGCUUUUGCUUUGGCCCAAGUUCCGGCGGCCACGUGUUGGCUCGUGGGCGUGUCUAGGAUUAGGCUCCCACCGAUUCAUUCCUCCUUCUCAUCAUUGAUCAGCGACUGGAAAAUGGCCCGUGGACAUCAGAAGAUUCAAUCCCAGGCCAAGGCGGCCGAAAAGCAAGCCAAGCUCAAGAAGGCCCAAGGCCAUUCUGCCACCGACCAGAGGAAGGCGGCUAUGGCCGCCCUCAAAUCUGCCUGUGCCGUCUGCAAGGCCCUGAUGCCGGAUCCGAAGACUUACAAACAACACUUCGAGAACAAACAUCCCAAAAACGAAAUUCCACCCGAGCUCAAAGACAUUUAGGGGGCCGUUUGGGCUCUUCCAUGCACUCUAAUUUCUUUGGCCCUUUUCAUACUUUCAUACACGCCGCAUCCCGCACUUGUCCACCAGUCUUCGGAAGUCAAGACGGGUCCACCGCCACUUUCACCAUGAAUCACCCACCUCAUUCUAGCUUACUUUUGUCCUGACCCGGUCCCGUCUCAAUAAAAUGCGACUUUCGGGCAA